CUGUUUCACAGUGACUUGUGUUUUGGUUUUCCGUUUCUCCCCCUCCGCUUUUUCAAUCUGCAAAAGUCUCCGGCGGCUGUCGCGAUCGGAGAGGUGCCGGACGAUCCAGAGAUUCCGAUACGCCGAAACGCGGCCGACGAAGAUGAAGAUUUUUGUUAAGACUCUCAAGGGCACUCACUUCGAGAUCGAAGUGAAACCCGAAGACACGGUUGCAGAUGUGAAGAAAAACAUUGAGUUGGUGCAUGGUAUGGAUGUUUACCCUGCUGCACAACAAAUGCUUAUCCAUCAGGGAAAAGUCUUGAAGGAUGCCACAACACUGGAUGAAAAUCAAGUUGCUGAAAAUAGCUUUGUUGUCAUUAUGCUAUCCAAGAAUAAGGUCUCAGCAGGUGGAGCCUCAACCACAUCUGCUGCACCUACAAGUCAGGCCCAACCUGUGAGUUCUUCACCCCCUACUUCAAAUCAGCCAUCUACAGCUCCUCAAGCUCCUGUUGUAGCCUUGCCAGAAGUUAUUCCUGAACCUGCCCCUGCUGUAGCGCCUUCUAUUUCUUCAGAUUCUGAUAUCUAUGGACAAGCAGCAUCCAAUCUUGUUGCCGGGAAUAACUUAGAGGUCACCAUUCAACAAAUUCUUGACAUGGGCGGAGGAAGUUGGGACAGGGACACAGUUGUCCGUGCUCUACGUGCUGCAUAUAACAACCCAGAGAGAGCUGUUGAAUAUCUAUAUUCUGGUAUUCCUGAACAAGCUGAAGGCCCACCUGCGGCCCAACCACCUGCAAGUGGGCUGGCUGUGAACCUACCAACUCAGGCUCCACAAGGACCACAGACGACAGUUGCUUCCAGUGGGCCCAAUGCAAACCCUCUGGAUCUGUUUCCGCAGGGUCUUCCUAGUAUGGGUUCAAAUGCUAGUGCGGGCACCUUGGAUUUCCUUCGCAACAGUCCACAGUUCCAAGCAUUGAGAGCCAUGGUGCAAGCAAACCCCCAAAUCUUGCAGCCUAUGCUUCAGGAGCUAGGAAAGCAAAAUCCACAUCUGAUGCGACUCAUUCAAGAGCAUCAGGCUGACUUUCUGCGCCUGAUCAAUGAACCUGUGGAAGGAGAGGGGAACGUACUAGGGCAGCUGGGAACAGUGCCACAGGCGGUGACCAUCACACCUGAGGAGCGCGAAUCCAUUGAACGUCUUGAAGCAAUGGGUUUUGAUCGGGCCCUAGUGUUGGAGGUGUUUUUUGCAUGCAACAAGAAUGAGGAGCUAGCGGCAAACUAUCUUUUAGACCAUAUGCAUGAGUUUGAAGAGUGAAGCGGUCUUCCUGGUAUCCUCUGCUUUGUCUUCUUUCAUGAGUCCUUUCUCUGACAUGUUGGUUGAAUUUGGGUUUAUCUUCCUCCUUAUCUUGGUGUAGAGUAUGUGGAGUAGACAGUGUCUGGACAUGUCCUUUUGUUAUCCUUCAAACAUCAUAGCAUUUCUCAGUUUCUUCUUUUUCUUCUCUCUUUUUUUUUUAAAAAAAAAAAUUUAUCGCCGGAUCAUAUUAAUCUUUUCAUGUUGGAAUAUGAUAAUUAUAGUUUUUCCUCACUUC